AUGGCUAAGACGAGGAGCAUGACUAGAAACCAGAAGAAUCAUGAUGAUGCAUCUUCCUCUAGCAGGAAGAGGCCGGAGUCUUGUGCAUCUUGGUCAGAUUUUGACCACAAUCUGCUUGCUUUUUUAGUUCUUAUGCAAUUGGGAGUUGUUGAUUAUCUUUCAUUCGGUGGAGUUUGCAAGUCAUGGAGGUCACUUGCAGUCUCUAACAGGAACAUGUUUAUGGGUACGAGACCACCCAUCUCCAUAUCUUCUAUCUGUUGUCAUGCUUAUGAGAACACCUACUACCUAGUGGACUUUGAAGGAAGAAAACUCAAAAUCCCCCCCCCCCCAAUUCUGCUGAUGCUACGUGUAUACGAUUGA